AUGGCUGCACCACCAGCAAGGGCUCGUGCUGAUUAUGAUUACUUGAUUAAGCUACUCUUGAUUGGGGAUAGCGGUAACAUUGAUUUUAAGAUAAGGACCAUUGAGCUUGAUGGUAAACGGAUUAAAUUGCAAAUUUGGGAUACAGCAGGCCAGGAGCGUUUCCGAACUAUCACAACAGCUUAUUACCGAGGAGCCAUGGGGAUUUUGCUAGUGUAUGAUGUUACCGAUGAAUCAUCUUUCAACAAUAUUAGGAACUGGAUCCGGAACAUUGAACAACAUGCUUCUGACAAUGUCAACAAGAUACUGGUGGGAAACAAAGCAGACAUGGAUGAAAGCAAAAGGGCUGUGCCUACCUCCAAGGGUCAAGCUCUUGCUGAUGAGUAUGGGAUCAAGUUCUUUGAAACUAGUGCUAAGACAAAUUUGAACGUGGAGGAGGUUUUCUUUUCAAUUGCAAGGGAUAUCAAGCAAAGGAUCUCAGAAACUGAUUCCAGGGCAGAGGGGAAUUCUUUUCCCCCCUUAUCUUUCUUCUCAAAUAUUGAUGUUUUUCUCCUUUUGCCUUGUGGUACCAGCCUCAAACAAUCAAGAUUAACCAACCAGACCCAGCAACCAGUGGCGGCCAAGCUGCCCAAAAGUCAGCUUGCUGUGGUUCAUAAAGGGAGAAUUAAAAUUGGAUGGAGGGGGAGGUUAUGCAAGUGGCACCCGUUGCGGUGUCAGAUUAAUGCUGGUGACGUUGUGCUGGGUGCUAUGGACAAUCCAAGUUUAGCUCAUAUCUCCUAUAAGAUGCCUGUUGUUCUUUAUUGUUCAUCAGAAUUUGUAAUUUUGUGUGUGCAUAUCUUUGAAUGCCAUUUAAUCGACGAAUCUUUUGAUGUUGAAUUUAUGCUUGUGAUAGCUUACCAUGCUGCUGAUGCUGCUGCCUGUGGCUGGCAAAUUGCUGAAUAUGUUGGCCGUAGUUGUAUUGAAUGCCGCUUAAGAGUCCACCAAAAGAUUGAAUAA